AUGAAAAUCACAGCACUUGUGGUGUUUUGUCUCGCCCAGAUCUUCCUCGCUUGUUCCCAAAACACUGGUCAGGAUAUUGUGACAACCAAAUCUGGACUCGUCCGAGGCACUUUGCUGCGAACGACAACAGGACAGGUGCGAGCAUUUUUAGGCAUUCCUUUCGCGGAGGCCCCCGUAGGAGAUCUCCGAUUCAAGAAGCCGGAGCCGAAGCAGCCUUGGAACUAUGUCUACAACGCGACGUCUCUACCGAAGAUGUGCUCACAGCCCAGUGUUCAUCUCACCAAGUUCUAUCAGGUGAAUACAGAAAAUAGCGUGAGUGAAGACUGCCUGUUCUUGAACGUGUUUGUUCCCAUCUCAAAUUGCACCCAGAUGCCUGUCGUCGUAUACAUACACGGCGGGGCGUUUACCUAUGGGGGAAUAUCAAUGAACAUCACCGACACAACCGAGUUGAGUGUGCGUGGAGAUCUGAUCACCGUCGCCAUUGCGUACAGACUCGGCGCUUUUGGCUUCCUGAGGACAAGUCUUGAAGAUGUGAAUGGGAACAUGGGGCUCUACGACCAAGCAUUGGCCAUACGCUGGGUGAAGGACAACAUCAAAUCCUUUGGAGGAGACCCCAACAAGAUCACAUUAAUGGGACAGAGUGCUGGAUCUAUCUCCAUUGGACUGCACCUCCUGUCUCCUAUAAGCAGAGGUCUCUUUCAUCGCGCCAUCAUGCAAAGUGGAAGCCCUUUCACGAGAGUGGUGCUCAGCGAUGACGAGAAGGCACGCAGUGUUGCUAGGAAACUCGCCGAUGCCCUCGGUUGUGAGACUGAAAAUCAGACGCUCAAGACCACACCAGAAAAUGUUAUUCAAUGUCUCCGGUCAAAGAACGCUUCGGAGAUUAUUGACGCGACUGAAGGUUUUAGUUCGGGUGGUCUCGACGCAUUUUUCCCUCUGUUUGGCGAGGCAUAUCUGCCAGAGGGUCCUCUUGCAGCGCUUGAAGCCGGUCACUUACCUGCCGUAGACCUGCUUGGCGGAGUGACAGAAGCAGAAGGAGAUUUCUUUUUAUACUAUUUUGUCGGGCGUUAUCUCGAUUUGUCAACCUCUCAAGGAAUUACUAAAACUACUAUGAAGCUAUUUCUUAGAAUUUUUCUCACCGGGACUGCCCAAGGAAACACGAGGCCUAUACUAAAUCGUUAUUUUUCCAACAUUGACGAAAACGGCGGGAGGCGGGCCGUGCAGGCAGGUGCUGAUAUCAUUGGAGAUCUUCAUUUCAGCUGCCCUAUGGUGGAAUUUUCUAAAGGCCUUCAGCGCUUGAACAACUCUAUCUAUAUGUAUAAACUGGGAGUGAGACCAUCCUUUGGCGAUUGGCCGAAAUGGGUUCGCACUACACAUGGAGAUGACAUCUUCUUCAGCCUGGGUUCAAUGUAUAAGGUGGCAGACAACUUUACAGCAGACGACGUCAAAGCUGCGGAAAAUCUGAUACACAUCAUCUCAACAUUCAGCAAAACAGGGAUCCCACAGACGCUAGAAGCCGUACCCUGGCCAAGGUUCCAGGACGAAGAACAGUUUAUGGACCUUAGUGUCGAAAGUUACAGUCCCAAGAAAGGCAUUUUCCGGUCCGAGUGUGACUUUUGGAAGAGCGUUUUACCAUUCAAAGACAGUGUUUAA